GAAUAGCCUAUAAGAAAGAGCCCAAGAAAGAAAUGCCUUCCUUCUUCACCUUCGACCAAGGACGCGAACGCUUCCAAAACGAAUCUUCUCCCUUACUAGGCCGAUUUCGUGCAGUGCCAAAUGCGCAUACCGAUACGAAUGGGCGCGCGCGCAGGAAAUCUCUCUUAGGAUUUUCUAUUGAUGGGUGUGGCGGCGCGUUUGGAGGGAGAGAUGAGGGAGAUGAGGGGGGAGUGGAUGGAUAUUAUUGUGAUGGGGAUGAGGAGGACGAGGGGGGAGUGUACGGAUGGAGAGGGAAGGUCAGGAAAUGGGGAGGAGAGUUUAGGGAUACGUGGAUAGAGCCGAAGCAGAGGAGUGUGGCGGGGUGUGUGGAGAGGUGGUGGUGGAGGUGGGGAGUAUUGGUUGGGGCGCCGAGUGUUUUGGCUGUUGCAUGGUGUGCGCUACCAUUUCCACAAUACGAGUUUCCAGAUGACGACAACAUAGUGGAUGCACCAUCGACCAUCUUCGGACACAAGAUACCAGGUCACGGAGAAGCUAGAGUUGAAAUUAACUUUUGGUUCUUUCUAUUCGUAUAUUAUGGUUUCUAUAAUAUAACAGCAUUAAUGUGGAUUACCAAAGUCUUCAACAUUUAUUCGCUGAAUUGGUGGCCUAAAAGUCUUGGUUUUCCCAUUACAGUCUCUAUUAUUGCCGCAAUGUCAAUAGCAGCCCCGAUACCUUUUUACUGUAUACCCGAACUUCGAUAUAUUACAUCCCAUAACACAGCGUGGAUAUGCUGGACAUUUUUCGCUAUGGCAAUCCCAUUAUUAGUUGCAUUUGCUAUCCUCCUUAAUCAUGAACGACACCUUGGUUUACGUAUUCCUCUUUCUGAAACUCAACGACUUUUCACUUCUUCAUGGUGGACAGGUGAUAUCGAUACAAUCAAUGCAAGAGAUCGACCACGAAGAGCAAAUAUUAUUCGAAGUCAAAGUACUUUUGAUCCAAAUGCUUCUCUAGAGGUAGCUUUAGCAUCGGAUGAUAUUUAUCGUUCAAGAGAUGCUUCACGUAUGCUGAGGAAACGUUGGUUGCCAGCAAGUUUUGUGAGGUUUAUGUGGUUUUGCUCGGCUCUCCUCAUAGCUAUAUUGACUUACCUAUUGGGAGAAACUUAUGCAGAGAUAUACUUGCGAACGUUACCACAUAGUACGAUUGAAACUCUCGUAUAUGUUUAUAGUUGGGUUGUGACGGUUCAUUUAUUGGAUGGAUUAUGCGGGUGGAUUUUGGGGGGUAACGAGGGUGAAAGAGUAGGCAGUUACCCCCUUGGUUGGAUUUUUAAACUCUACUUCGCUUUAACCUACCAAACCUACGUCCGCGCUUUAUAUGCUCGUCUUCGAUCACCUCAACAAUUUAUCUACCUCCAAAUAAUGUCCUCUUCCUUCCUGAUUCUCCUCGCACCACUCACCUUCUCCGCACCCUUUCAUUCGCUUCUCACAUUUCUCGGGUUUAACGGUCAAUCAUAUACCGCAUAUCAAAAAUUCUGCACCCGAAACAUCUUCCUCCGAGGCUUGAGCGAAAACGUCUCAAUGCUUACUUUUCUAGGAAGUAUCUUGGUUCUACAUUACGGUGCUAAUAAAGACGUUUAUCCCUACUUCGCAUUCGACAUACCAAUAUCUCCUCUACCAACAAACCAAACCCUCUCCUCUAUUGCCCACAAUCUCUUCCCUUCCAUACCACACAUUCCUCACCAUCUCCCCUCUUCCGACAUCCCCCUAUCAAAUGCAACCCCGCAAUACGAUUUCCGCCUCACGUUCUACGCGUCGAUUGUUACAUGGGGUUGUGAGAUUGUGGCGGGCUGGAUCACAAGGAGAAUUCUUUGGUGGGGAUGGAAGAUUAAUGUGACGGCGGAGGGAAAGCGAGAUUUGGCGGCGUGGCCUGAGCUGUUGCCUACGGGCGUCGUGGUUAUGGUGCAUGUGUUGCAAAAUAUGCUUUUUAGUAUUGUGAGGUUGGAUUUUCAUUAAGGGGGUGAAGGAAUACAGAGGGAGUGGAGACAAAAGAGGAGAGGUUGUUGGAUACGAUUAUAAAUGAAUGAAUGAAUGAAUGUAUUUUUGCUUUAUUGUGUUUGAGCAGGGUGUUGGUUGGAUUGGAUUGGAUUGGAUUGGAUUAGAUAAAUUUCGUUUAGGUUGGUUUAAUACAUGAUGAAUAGAUGAAUGAUGGAAUGAUGAAAUCACGGAAAAGAAAUCACGCAUGCAAUGGAAUUAAAGAUUAGGAUGUUAAAGGGCUUGGUUUGAAGAAGAAUAAGAAGAAGAAGAAGAAGAAGAAGAAGAAGGGGGAGUAGAGGAAUAGAUAAGAGACGAGAAUUAUGUAAAUAGAAAUUAAUAGGUGUAGGUGGGAGAGCAGGGAGGAAAGGAAAGGGUAGAUAGAGAAAUGAAUGAAUGAAUACAUAAUGAUUAUAUCUAUCUAUCUAUCUAAAUACUUAGGUCGGUAGAUAGGUAGAUGUUUGCCACUUGUCA